GGCUUCAAUCUGAUCAUAACUGAACAAUGUCGGAUUACAUACCAACUAAACUCGUAGAUGAUGUUCUCGCAAGACUACCUGUAGAAUCUCUGAUUUGAUUCACAUCCGUAUGCAAAUCAUGGUACUCUAUCAUUAAAAGCCCUAGUUUCAUCGCCGAACACCUAAACCACAACAAAAGACGCCCCGAAAACCUUCUCCUUGCUACUUACACCUCUAUCGACAAGAGAGAGCGCUAUCUGUUGUGCCGCGGCGAUGACAAAUUUGGCGAUGAGUUAGACGAACUGGAGCCUCCUUUGAGUACUUCACUUGGGAGUAAAGUUAUAGUGGGUAGUUGUAAUGGUUUGCUUUGUAUGGUUGAUCGUGCCACUUUGCCACCGCGUAUUAUUCUAUGGAAUCAAUUAAUAAGGAAAUCAGUAACUCUUCCCAUGCCGCCCUCUCUUCAAGAAACUAAACCUCUGCCGCCGUUUGUUUUUGGAUUUGGUGCCCACCCGACUACGCAUGAGUACAUGUUGGUGUUUAUUCUUUACGAGUGGGUAGAUGUAAAACAACAGAAAUUUACUUCCAAGGUUGAGCUUUACACCCAAGGGACAGGAUCAUGGAGAUCCAUCGCUUCUGUUGGUCAUCCACAUCUCAUUGCGCAUUUUGGUUGCUUACAGGCUGUUGUACAUGGAGCCAUACAUUGGAUUGCACUCGAAAGGGGAGCGGGGGAUGGUCUAAGCAGUUUGAUAAUGUCGUUCAACAUGGGUUCUCAAGCAUUCUCGCAGAUACUGAUGCUUGCCACUCUGGUCAUUAAAAGCUCGUUGGGCCUGUCCAUUUUGUCAUAUAGAGAAUCACUGGCAGUGUUAUGUCAUGGACGGGAGGAUUCUUGUGGCAUGUGGGUUAUGAAAGAAUACGGAGUUGCAGAAUCUUGGGCCAAAUAAUAGGAUUUAGAGAAAAUGGCGAAGUUCUGGUAUCGGCGAGUGACAAAUGGCUACUUUGUUACGACUGUAAGACCAAAACUUGGACAAAUACUGGAUAUAGCGGGAGUUCUGAUGCAUUUACCGCUAACACUUUCAUGGAAUCCCUAGUUUUAGUGAAACCAUGAAAUUGUGUCUUCUAGGGCCAGUUGAUUCUUUUGUGAUGCUAUGCUUGCAAACUCCAAGAAAGCAAAGGAUAACGAUGAAAGGGCAACAAUUUUGAAGAAUGCUGGUCAAGGCAAA